UCGCGAUUCGUCGCGAGAGCAUCGUCGAACGGCGCGAGCCUUGUCGCUGUUUUUUCCCCUUCGCGGCAGUCUUUACAUCCUCCGCACACAUACAUACAUUUAUAUACAUAUAUCUAUCUUUCUUGGUAACCUACUGACAAUACAACCAGAGGAGAAGAUAAAGAAUCAGAAGGGCCGAGUGAUAGCAAAUAAUAGACGAAAGAUAAUUUAAGUUGAAAUUGUGGGAGACAAUAUAUACAUAUAAGUGGGGUGUUUUACGCGAUCGAGCCAAUCAGCGAUUAUCGAAGGGCAGCUAAGGCAAGUGCUACCGUGCUAGAGCCUAAGUGAAGGGGAGGGGGACGUGCAAACGAGCAAGUGAGCCAACGAGAGGACAGUAACCGCGCAAAGGACAAGGACAGAGGAGAGGGGGCAGCAGUUACUGCUGCCGAUAUACAACACCACCCGAUGACGAACUCCGGAAGAGGGGAUACAAGUUGGUGUAUUAGAGAAACGUGCGUGCGUUAGUAUAUCCCUCACAGACCCGACAGUUUCAAAUCAGUUCAGGUCGAGCAGUUACGGAGUGAACACUGACCGGUCACUGCUUAAAUAGUUCCAUCCUCGAGUUUAAAUAAAUCUUAAGUGCUUUCGCUUACUGAGUUUUACUUGAACUCCAUUGUCGGUGAUAUUUUCACCUGUUGUUUUUCAACACUCGCGCUCCAUUGUCGUGAGAGUUAACAUACAAAUAUAUAUAGCAUAUAUAUAUUUAUAAAAUUCAAAGACGUGUUGCAGUCGCGCUCUUUAAGACGGUCAUCGUAAAAAUUAUUUCGCGACGCAUUCCACGGUCUACGGACCUGAAUUACAUUGUGUUUUGUGUGUGCGCGUGUGUAUUUUUUACUUAACCACACUCUGGUGCCAAAGACAAUCCAAGUAGUAGUCGUGCUUUAGAUGCUGAUGCGACUGUUGUAUAAGAGAGCUUCAGUAGUACGACGAACAGUGAGUAUAGAGAAAUAGAACACGCGGGUGAGAGGAAACGAUAAUCUUAUCGUAUCGGUGGUGUGUGUAGUGAGACGACGAUACUCGUCUGGUUUAUAUGAAACAAAAUAAAAUAAUUAUUUUAUUUUCUUAGCAUCACCAGUGUACGCUAUCUCACAUCCUCGCGAGUGUUUACCUUCUCUACAACCGAGUGACUUUUUUUCGUAAUUCAAAGUGGUAUUUUUUAAGUGAAAAACAGACAACAAGUGCCGGUCGUUACCAACCCCGGUGAUUUUAUUUUCCGUUGGUUUUUAGUGGCUGUUACCGUUGGUGCACUACCUCGUGGUACAGCAAUAAUAUUGUUCCCGCGCUGACUUUCGAUUGGCUGUUGUAAGGGGACGCGCGGAAGAGGAAUCGGGAGUGCCGUUUUACGGGAGACUUUCCUCUCUUACUCCCCUAUAUACAAACCGCCUGGUGUCUGCUGUGGUGGGAGUUGUGUUCAUUCAUAAAAAACUCUUUAUUACUGUGAGCGCAUGUGCUAUUCUACUACGUGGAAAUAUUCUCUCAUCCCCCAGUUAUUCACUACACUCUCUCUGUUACUUAAACUUGUGGGAUUAUAAAGUACAUCGUUGGUGCACGCGAGUAUUUAACAUUUGUGAGUAACAGUGUGUUGAUCGUCUCCAAUCGGGUCUACCGCAACUGUUAAUUUUUUCAGUUUAUGAAUAAUAAUUAUAUUCAGUGGUAUUUUAUACGUAAUUGUUCAGGACAAUGAAGAUGAAAGGUGACAGUGGAAAACCGGGCAAGCGGCCCAUCAAAGCCCUCACGACUCACGAGAAAAUCAUCGCUAUUGAGCGAGUGCAUAGCGGCGAGAGCAAAGCAUCUGUCGCCCGUGACAUCGGAGUACCCGAGUCCACACUCCGUGGGUGGUGCAAAUCCGAGGAAAAAAUUCGUGGUCUAGCUCGUAACUCAUCGCCUUCCAGCAAUGAGCGAACCUCGCCGCUGUCAGUGACCAGCAACUCAGCAUCAGUUCCUACAGUAAACACUUACUACAGUGAAGACAACGGUCCAGUUGCCAAAAAAAUUAAAACUGACCAUCAGUCAUCAAGGGUACCGAGCGCGUAUGGAAUCAAUGAAAAUCUGGAAAACAACGCGAGAGCAACAUCAAAUAUGUCACACACUGAGGCCGCGCAAUUGGCAGCUGCCAUGGCUCGCAUAAAAGAAGAUCCUACGAUGCUCCUACAAGGGAUGAACGUUCCGUAUUUUAUGUCCCAAUAUGCCAGCAUUUAUGAGUAUUCCAUGCGGGAAGCUGCCAGACUAAAAAAUAACAACAACAACAACAACAUUUCCGCGAGUCUUGUUGCAAACGGGUUACAGUAUUCUUUUUGUAAUAAAAAUAAAAGCAUCAGUGGAACCGCGAAAUCAAACCGUACUCAUGCCUUGAAUUAUGGACGCAAAAGUUUGCCAUCAUCUCUUGAAGAUCAAACGACUUUAGUUUCAGUUUCACCGAGAGAAUCACCAGAACUGGGCCGCCAAUCGAAAAGCAAAAUCAGAAAUCCUGUGCUCAAUAAUCAGGCUAGAAAUUACUCAACUAAUUUCAAUAACAACAAUAUAAUUGCCCCUAAUGACAACAACAAUCUCUUUGGUUCUAAAAACAACAACUUUGCCGGCAAUAACAAUGACAACAUCCAGAACAACAACAACAGUUAUGGAUUGAAUGAUCCGAUGUCGAGGUACAAACCUGCACAGCAGCAGCCUUUGGGGAUGACACCAACUGCUGAAGUAAACCCCAAGAACAUGAGCCAACAGAUGCAAUUAUACAAUUGGUACCAGUCCCUCGCCAAUGGAGUGCAGCCUGCAGUGACGUCUGCACCAACGCCUGCUGGAAAUUCUUCUCCAAUCACAACACCAACUUCGACGCUGGCCAAAAAGCCACUCACCAAGAAGACUCGGGCAACUCUUGAUCAAUUAUUUUCCAACAACAGUGUAAAUGUUAUGUCAAGUAUCGAUGCCACAGCUGGUGGUGCCAAUGAGGACGCUGGCAAGGAACCCGCCCGCGACAGCGACAAAGAAGACGACGAUGAAGAAAACAAGCCAGGACCCAUUGAUAAGGUAGAAGCUAUUAAACACGCUAAGAAAUUCAUGUCUUAUCUUACGAAAACCAUGGAUCCUAAUGUGACCUGGACACAAAUUAGACAAUUCGAAAAAUUAGUAGAACAAGUCGAGAAUGCUGGUUCUAAAUUAACUCCAAAACAAGUCAGAAAAAAUUCUACUGUUGUUAGACAUUCGGCCUCGGCAUUAGAAUUGUCGGUCAAAAGCGAAUAGAGUCACCGCGAUAUAACUUCAUUUUUUUAUUUUGUUUUUGUAAAAUAUAUUUUUAGUAAAUUUAGUAAAUUUACUUUUUUUUUUUUUGUGACUUUAAUCGUUAAUUCGCGCAUGUAAAUAUUUAAUCGGUAAUAUUUAAUUAAUUAAUUAGUAUAUCAAUCCAAUGAUAAAUUGUCAUUAGUAUUAAAAAUGUAAAUAAUUUAUUAUUUUUCAUUAUUUAUUUUUAAUUAUUAGUGCAAAUAUUCUCUUUAAUUAUCAUAAAUAAUUAAUAAGUUUGUAAAUAAUUAUUUACAUUUAUUUUAUUUUAUUAUUUAAUCUAUUAUUAUUUUUAUUAUUAUUAUUAUUAUUAUUAUUAUUAUUAUUGAUUGCUAGGGUUUAAGAUAUCAUAUCAAUGAUAUAGUUUUUUUUUUUACCUCAUUUAAAAUGUAAAUAGAAUCAUACCAAAUUAACUGUACAACUAUAAGUAAUUUUAAGUGAAAAAAAAGUUAGGGGUUAAUUGAAUAGUUAAUUUAUGUAAAUAAUGAUGAUAACAAAGAUUUAAAAAAGAACGAGAAAAAAUAUAAUGAUUUUAAAAGUUUUAUAAAUUUAUAUAAAUCUAAAUUAAAAAUAGUAAUUUAUCGGAUAUUAAUUAUAUUGCACACCUCAAACGCGUAGCGGAGAGGUAGUGCUAUGCUAUCACCAAAUUUUUUUAUUUUCUCAUUCUUUUUCAAAUUUAUUAAUCGCGACGGUUGUCUGUAAAAAUUAUUUUAAUUUUCAUUACUUUUGGAUUAUUAUAUUUUUAGUUUUAAUUGAGGGAAAACUCGCGCCGGUCUCAGGUGGUUGUGAUCACGUUUACUAAAUUUUAGUAAAUAAAUAUGCACCUGCGUUGUUAUUGUACCUUACAAAAAAAAAAUUAAAAAAAUUAAAAAAAAAAAAUGGUACAAAUCAUCAUAUCAAUAGUAUUUAAAUGACCGUCGUGAAUACUGAUCUCGAUCGAUUAAAAUAAUAUGGCUGUAUAGUAGUAAAAUCAUGAGAUGCGAGUAGUAUAAACACUCACAUUCUUCAGGCACACAAAUCCUAUGUACAGUAGACUGAUUCAAAAAAAUCAUCUAAUUUUUUUUUUCUUCAUCAUAAACAACUGCCGCAUCGCGAUUUUCUUUUUCCCGUUUAAAUAACAUGGGAAAAUUUCAAACUUUACAGUACAAUACUCAAUAUUCAAACUUUCACAGUAUUUUUUUUGUCAUUUCCAAAAAUAUUUUCGAUAUAAUAAAGAAAAAAAAAAAUUAGUCGAUUUUUUUGAAUCAGUCUAAUGUACAGUGAUAUGGAACGUAUACCUGAUCAGGGAACUAGGUCGGUCUCGCAGGUGGUUGAGAUCAGGCCAGAAAGCUAAGGGUGCUCUAAUUUUAGUAAAUAGAUACCCUGCGCUAGGGGCCCGGUCACUGGUUUUCUGGUUGGGCCGUGGGUGUUUUACAUUACAAAAAAAUAUAUAAAAUUGCUCUCUAAAUGUAAAUAAGUGAAUAUUCUCUUAUUCAUAUAUAAAAUUAAAAAAAAAAAAAAAAAAAAA